AUGCCUCAAAGAAAAAGCUUACCGACCAGUCAAUUGUACGAUUCAAGAUUUAAAACAGUACAUGUAAACUAUAACGUCUCUCUGGAUGAGUUGUAUAAUACCGUAAAAGAGGUUAGAAAAGAAGAAAAAAAACGUCGAAAAAACGAUGAAACACAAAAAAGAAAAAAAUCGAAAAAUUGCGACAGAUUCUGUGGACAAAUUUGGUCCAAAACUUUUGGACUUUUCAAUGAAGACUGGGUAUUUUUAGCUUUAUUAGGAAUACUAAUAGCCAUAGUCAGCUAUAUACUGGAUAAAGGUGUGGCGACUGGGUUAGCGGCUAGAAAUUGGUUGUAUUUAGAGUUAGCAACCAAUGGUUUCAGUAAAUGGGUUGCUUUCAUAUGUUUACCAGUUUGUUUUAUAUUGUUUGACGUUGGGUUUGUUCAUUUGGUGUGUCCUCAAUCUAUUGGCUCUGGGAUUCCCCAAAUAAAAACUAUGUUGAGAGGAGUAUGCUUAAAGGAAUUCUUGACAUUUAGAUGUUUUAUUGCCAAAUGGGUUGGUAUUACUUCAACACUGGCCAGUGGUAUGCCUUUAGGUAAAGAGGGACCCCUAAUCCACAUGUCAUCUAUACUUGUAACAAAAAUGGGUAACUUCAUAAGAAGUCUUAACAAAUCAGAAGAAAACAUUAACAAAACCAUUGAGUUGCUUGGUGCAGCAUGGGCUGUAGGAGUCGCCUGUACAUUUAACUCCCCCAUAGGAGGAGUUUUGUUUAGUAUAGAGAUAUCAACGUCAUACUACGCUGUCAGAAACUAUUGGAGAGGUUUCUUUGCAGCUGUAUGGGCUGCCACCACAUACAGGUUACUUUCAGUAUGGGUUGACGGCGCUGGUACUAUAACACCAGUAUUUAAAACCAGUUUAUAUGUAGACUUCCCAUAUGAUCCUCAGGAGUUAUUCGCGUUUGCAAUCUUAGGGGUUAUAUGUGGAAUUUUGGGGUCUUUAUACGUUUGGUUUAGGCAAAAAUAUGGGGCUUGGUUGAAAACAAACAAAUUCAUCAAAAAGUUGAAAGGUUUCAGCAUUUUCGCUUAUCCUUUUAUCGUUGUUAUAGUUAUUUCAACAAUACAGUUUCCCUGGGGUGUGGGCCAGUUUUUGGCUGGACCUUUACCACCUAGGACGCAAGUUGUGGAUUUGUUUAGCAAUUUUACGUGGACCAAACAUAACCUAAACGUUUUGGAACAGGAUGUUGUUACUCGUUGGUCUACCAAAUGGACUGGGAUAUACGCUAAUUUAAUUAUAUACUAUGCCUUCCAGUUUAUUGCAAGCAUAGUAGCAUCAAGCAUGGCCAUACCAAAUGGGGCUUUUAUCCCGAAUUUUCGUUCAGGAGCUGCUAUCGGUAGAAUAGCUGGAGAACUAAUGCACACUUGGUUCCCAUUUGGGGUGAACUAUAAAGGCAAGCAAUCCCAAAUAAUGCCCGGGGCUUACGCAAUGGUAGGGGCUGCUGCUUUGAGUGGGGCUGUAACUCACACGUUAUCCACUAGUGUUAUAUUGUUUGAAAUGACGUCUCAAAUAACUCAUGUAAUACCAGUUUUAAUAUCAGUUCUUAUAUCAAAUGGUAUAGCUAGGUUACUCACACCAAGUGUGUAUGAUAUAGUCAUCAUAAGUAACAACCUACCAUAUCUACCAGACCUGUUACCAUCUAAGAGUGCAAUUUAUAAAACUUACGUGGAGGACUUUAUGAUAUCAGAUACAAAAUAUCUAUACCUUGGGAUGUCUUAUAGAGAGUUGAAGCAUUUGUUGAAAGACUGCCGAAAAAUAAAACAUUUCCCCAUAGUUGAUAACUCACACAACAUGAUUCUGUUGGGGUCCAUAUCAAGAAAUCAACUGAUAGCUCUUUUGGAAAACCAAAUAGGUCGUAAAAGGAGAAUGGAGAUUCUACCAUAUGGUCUUGAUGAAGAUGGCGGAGUUAUAGAUAAUCCCAAUGAAUAUGAAAAGGAGAUACAACUUCGCAAAAAGAAACUUGAGAGGGAAAGAAUUUUUGAAAAAUACAUCGUAGAUAUCAAAAAGGAAGAUAUUGUGGAAGAAAAACCCAAAAAAGUAAUCAUGCCCAUACGACGUGUGGUGGAUAUGUCUAAACAACAACAACUAGAAUGGGAAACAAACCAGUUAAAUGAAACAGUGGAUUUUUCCAGGUCUAUUGUGGAUCCAGCUCCUUUCCAGUUGGUUGAAAGAACAUCUUUGCUAAAAGUUCACACACUUUUUUCCAUGUUAGCUAUAAAUGUAGCAUACGUUACAUCUAUAGGUAAAUUGGUAGGAGUGGUUGGGUUAAAAGAACUUAGGCAAGCCAUAGAAAAUGCAAAUAAUAAUAAGUUACCUUCAAGAGAUUUUGUUUUGAAACCUUUGUUACCAAAGUAAUUUACUAUUAUACGCUAUACAUUAGUUGAUAGGUA